GAAAUGUUCAUUCCUUUAUGAUUCCAAUGGGUGUGUCAAAUACGACAAAGCCUAUACUUGCACUGGAGACAUAGAAAUACCAGAAAAUUGUUCCUGUGUAUCUGGUGAAGGUUUUUAUGGCCAAAAUAUCACAUCAGUUACAUUUCUCUCAGCGUCUCCAAUAACCGUAAACGGAAAUGCAUUCUUACGGUCUAGCCUUCGUGCAGUCUAUGCACCUUCAGGCAUUCCCGUUGUUGGUAUGUAUGCAUUUUCACGGACACAAUUAGAAAUAUUCCCAUCCGAAACUGUUUUGGAGAUAUACGACUACGCAUUUCAAUACACAAAUUUGACAAGUUUCAAGUUCAACAAGGACAUCACACACAUCGGGGAAUACGCUUUCGACUGCUCCAAAAUUGAAAGCGUGGUUCUUCCCGAUAUUCCCAUGGGUACACGCGCGUUCAGUUACAAUCCAAUUGUUUCUGUGGAUGUUGGGAAUCACAAAACAUUUGAAGACUCUAUGUUCUUCCAUUGUAUCAACCUUGCAGAAAUUGUUCACUCAGAAAGGGUUCAAGUCAUUUCUGAAAAUGCGUUGAGUGAGACUUACUCCCUAAGAAAUUUCGAGUUCGGUCCAGGGGUUCAAAUCAUGAACAAAGCUUUUGCAAAAAGUGGGAUUGAAAUUGUUGAUUUUUCGAAUUCAAAAAUUGAGUUGAAGGAUUCAGUGUUUUCGGAGUGUUCAAACCUCCAUUACGUUCACAUGGGCAGCUUAGACAGAGUUCCUGACAACACGUUUUUAAGAUGCAAAAAUUUAGCAAAAAUUGAGACUUAUAGUGGACUUACUUAUUUUGGAGAAUCUGCAUUUGAGGAGUGUGUUCAUUUGAGUACUUUUGAUUUUAUGAAGCGCGUUGCGGGUGUUAGCAAAAAAGCGUUUAAACACACAAAAAUACAAGAAGUUGAGUUGUUUUCAGAUAUGACUGUGUUUGGUACUGAGGCUUUUCUCAACUGUCCUGAACUUGAAAAGGUGAUUUUAAAUGGUGUUGUGAAUAUUCCCGGCAAUGCAUUUGAGAACUGUGGUUCUUUGAGAGAAGUUGUUGGCUUAGAUACAGUGAUGACGUUCGGGGAGUUGUCGUUUGCCAACACAAAAAUUAAAGAAAUUACGUUUGCGACGUCAUCAGUUAUUGGUCCAAGUGCCUUUGUUAAUUGCACUGAGUUGGUCAAAGUUGACUUAAACGGGAUGACAAAGAUCGACACAUCGGUGUUUUCCGGUUGUGAAAAUUUGAGUGAUAUUAUUGGCAUUGAAAACGUUACAUCAUUUGGAAAAAACUCGCUUGAAAACACUGCGAUCACUGAAGUAACGUUAAAAUAUGGUUUGAAAGUUAUGUCUGGAGCUUUUAAAAACAACAAAAAUUUGAAAAAGGUUGACUUUGGUCAAAUCAACGAUGUUGGAGAUACAGCGUUCAUGAAUUGUGAAAACUUGGAAGAGAUCAUUAAUUACGACCAAAUGAAUGGAUUUGGGUCAAAAGCCUUGGCUAACACUGGGCUAACAGUUCUUAAAUUCACCAAAAAUAUUUGGACAUCUUCCUCAUACACUGAUAUUUUUAGAGAUUGCAAAAAACUUCAAAAAGUUGAAUUUGCUGGGAUGACAGAAAUUGGUGCUUCGUUUUUUGCUGGUUGUGAACGUUUGAAUGAACUUGUUGGUUUCGAGAAUCUUCUCAAAAUUGGGGAUAGCGCCUUUUCAGGAACUGCACUUGACAAAGUUACUUUAUCUUCGACAACAAUUUUUUCUGGUACCUCACACUUUUCAGAAUGCAAAAAAUUGACAAAUGUAGAACUUGUUGGUGUCACCAAACUUCCUCAAAAUAUAUUUAUGAACUGCGAAAAAUUGGCGACCAUUGUUGGAAUCGGAAGUGUUUUAGAAUUUGGUGUGAACUCUUUAAGUGGCAUAGCAUUCACUACGUUUGCGUUUUCUUCUUCAAAAAAAUAUGAAUACCCUAUACUUCAAAACUGUCUAAAAUUAACAUCUGUUGAUCUUGGUGAUUUGACGACUCUUGGAAUUCAAAUGUUUUCUGGAUGCACUUCUUUGGAAAUGUCAAAAAUUACAAAUUUAGAAAAAGUUGAAACAUUUGGAGAUUAUUCACUUAGUGGAGUGAAACUUGGCGAAUAUACUUUAGAUUCCACAAAAAAGUAUGGUGUCGGGGUUUUCAAAGAUUGCACUUCGCUUACUCAAAUUGAUUUGAAUGGAAUGACUGCCAUUCCCAAUUACUUUUUGGCGAAUUGUGGAAAUCUUGCAACAGUCAUAAACUCGGACAACCUCACAACCUUUGGUGAUUACAGUUUAAGUGGAACAAUACUUAAACACUUUGUUAUACCAGAAAAUUCAGUUGUUGGCAAAGGUGUCUUUAUGAAUUGCCGAAGUCUUACAAAAGUUUCUUUGGGAAAUUUAACUACUUUGUCUGUUGAUUUAUUCAAAGGAUGUAUCAAAUUGAUCACAUUGGAAAACACUGAAUAUAUUACCGAGUUGUCUGACUAUUCUCUAUAUGGUUGUUUAAGUCUUUCAGAAUAUAGUUUCACAAUUAAUGUCGUAAAAUAUGGUAAAUAUUGUCUUUCUGGAACGUCGAUAACAGAAAUCACUUUCAGUCCAAAUAUUGAUUCUAAAAGUGACUUCUCGCAUGCUUUUGAGAAUUGCGAUUCUUUAACUUCAGUAAAUCUGAAUUCACAAACUAAAAUUUUUGAAUACCAAUUUGCUGGUUGCAAAAAUCUGAAAACAGUUAAAAACAUCGAAAAUUUGGUUCAAAUAAUGGACUAUGGAUUCCAUAACACAGGAUUUAUUGAACUUGUGAUAAAAGCAACGACAAAAUAUUCAAUUGGGUGUUUUUCAAACUGUGAAAACCUUGUUAAAGUCACCAAUUUUGGGCAAUCGCAAUUAUCAAAUUUAAUGUUUGAAAAUUGUAUUUCUCUUCGUGAGAUUACUGGUUUUGAUGGUGUAACAUUCUCAAACUACACAUUCAAAAAUUGUGGGUUUAAAUCAGUAAAAGUCCCAAUCACAUCGAGCUAUGGGUGGGGCCUUUUUUCUGACAACUUACUUCUCGAGAAUGUAGACGUAACAGAAACCAACAACAUAGCAAAUUACAUGUUUUCAAAUUGCCAAAAUCUUUCGCUUGUAACAGGUUUAGAAAACAUUCGCUACAUUUAUAGUGGAGCCUUUAUAAAUUGUUCGUUACUUCAAAAAGUAAAAUUAAACGCGCUUCAGGUUAUCGAAAAUAGUAUUUUUGAUGAAAACGUUGAAACGAUUGUAUCAACUAAUUACGAAAGCCCUCUUGGUUCCAAGUUUCCACUUAACACAACAACAGAUGUUUUUGUAGAUCUAACGUAUAAAGGAAAUUACUUUGGAAAUGUGCUUGUAACUAAAAUAGCAUGUGGUCAACAAGAGUACUUUGACAUCGAAAAUAAAACAUGUGUAAAUUGUCCAACAAAUUAUUACUCAGGUGGAGGAUUGGCUCAACUAUGUGAAACAGAUAUGACGACAUGUUUGACCGCACAUUUAAAUUGUGAGAUUUGUAUCGAAAACGAAUGUCAAAAAUGUAUCAAAAAUUACUACAUGGAUUCGGGUGUGUGUAAAUACUUUGACUGUGGAGAAGGUGGAGAAUUUAUCAAUGGAAAGUGUGUUCCUCUGUGUGCUGAAACCGAAGAGGUGGUUGAUGGAAUAUGCAAAUCAAAAUGCAAAGAAUCUGAAGAACGAGUCAAUGGAUUUUGCGUGGCCAAAUGCAACAAAAGCGAAGAACGGGUCGGUGGUGAAUGUAUCUCUAAAUGUGCGAUGAAUGAGGUUCGAGUUAGCACGGGUUGUGUAACGAAAUGUCAAAAUUACCAGGAGAUGGUGAGUGAUAUUUGCCUUGAAAAGUGUAAAAAUACCGAAGAUCGUCUUGGCAAAGUUUGUGCGCCAAAGUGUUCUGAAGGGUACGAACGCGUUGAUUUGAUUUGUGUAGAAAAGUGUCUUGAAACGGAAGAACAUGUAGAUGGAGUUUGUAGAGAAAAAUGCAAAGCAAAUGAGGAGAGAUUUAACACGACGUGUAUGACCGUCUGCCAGUAUACUUUUGUUCGUGAUGAGAAUGGGGUAUGCCAAAAAGACUGUCCAGUAGGUCAAGAGGUCAUUGGAGGGAAGUGUGUUGAUAAAUGCAAAGACAACGAAGAAAGGAUUGAAGGCAAUUGUGUGACGAAAUGUACUGAAGAUGAAGAACGCAUUGAUGGAAGUUGCACAAGAAAAUGUACUGAGAGUGAGGAAAGAAUUGAAGGAAUGUGUACACCAAAAUGUGCUAACACUGAGGAGCGAAUUAAUGGUGUGUGUAAAGAAAAGUGCAAAAGUAAUGAAAUUCGACUUAAUGGUAUCUGUGUAUUAAAUUGUGACGUUGAUGAAGAAGAGUAUGAUGGCGUUUGCGUUAAAAAAUGUACAAAAAGUGAAGAAAGAAUAAAUGGCAUGUGCACUCCAAAAUGCCAAGAUUAUGAAGAACGAAUCAAUGGUGUUUGCACCAGAAAGUGUACAGACAUGGAAGAAAGAAUUAACGGAAUUUGUACGCAACGAUGUUUAAGUACGGAAGAGCGUAUUAAUGGUAUCUGCACAACAAAGUGUACUGAGAACGAAGUGCGUUUAAAUGGUGUUUGUGUUCAAAAGGAGUGUGGAGAAAAGCAGUUUGUUGAAGAAGGAAUUUGCAAAGAUUGUAAGGACAAAUACGAAACGCCGUGCCAAGAUGAUGAGUGUAAACAGUGCACUGAAAAUAAAAACGUUUCAAACUAUGUUAUACUUGUUGUGGUUAUUCUGUUGACCUUUAUCUGA